CUGAGCGUCUCCGUCCAUCAGGCUCAGUCAUCGCCGUCAGUCAAGCGAGUCUCGGCGGCGCGGUGCGGAUCACGGCGUCUGUCUGUGUCUGUCUCCUUCACGCGCUCAUUCGCACCGCAGGUCCCCAGCGUCUGCCUUCGUCGCUGCUUUCACCCCGGUGUAUGUGACUCAAGACCCAGCCAGCUCAACGCUCAUCCCUUCAGCAACUACCUCCUCCUCCUCCUCCUCCUCCUUCGUCUCCUAAUCCUCGUCCUUCUCGCGUCCUCUCUACCUCGUCAACGUUCUUCGCUAACCUCGUCCUCUCUCCUCCUCUCUUCUUUCCUUCCUCCUUUCUUCUUCUUCUUAGUCCUCUUUCCACGCUAAUCUCUCUUCUCCCUUCCUCUUAAUUGCAUAACUGUCAUCUUCCUCGUCAUCGUCUUUUAAGUUCUCCUCCUCCUCCUCCUCCUCCUCCUCCUCGGCACCAUGAAGAGGAGUUACAUCUUCACCUCCGUCUUCGUCCUCCUCUUCAUCUCCGUCAUCAUCGUCAUCGUCAUCUGCUUCGAGGCAAAGAAUGGCAGGAAGGAAGAGAGCGAGGCGAGUGCGCCCUUCUGGAAGACCGGGGUGGUGUAUCAAGUGUACCCCCGCUCCUUCCGCGACCAUGACGGAGACGGCACUGGGGACCUCAGGGGCAUAGCGGAGAAGGCGGACUACCUGGCGGAUCUCGGCGUGGGCAUAGUCUGGCUGAGUCCCGUCUACGAGUCGCCGAUGGUGGACUUCGGCUACGACAUCUCCAACUACACGGCCGUCGACCCCACUUUCGGCACCAUGGAGGACUUCGACAGGUUGCUGGAUGAGCUGCACCGCCGGGGACUCAAAUUGGUGAUGGACUUCGUGCCAAACCACUCGAGCAACCAACACGAGUGGUUCAUCAAGUCCGAGGCGCGGGAAGGGAAAUACGCUGACUACUACGUGUGGGUCGACCCGCUCCGAGACCCCGAUGGCACCGCGCACCCGCCGAACAACUGGGUGAGCGAGUUCCGGGGCUCGGCGUGGAAGUGGAGUGAGACGCGCCAGCAAUACUACUACCACGAGUUCUUGGCGGAGCAACCUGACCUCAACUAUCGCAACGAGGACGUCAGGAAGGACAUGGAGGCGGCGCUCAGGUUCUGGCUGGACAAGGGCGUGGAUGGCUUCAGGGUCGACGCCCUCAAGUUCCUCUUCGAGACGGACGAUGUCACCCUGGACGAGCCUGUGGACCCCAACUCCGGCACUAGCGACCCCGACGACCCGGCGUACCUCGAGCACAUCUACACCACCAACCUGCCCGAGACCUUCCAAGUGCUGGCGGAGUGGCGUGCCCUCGUCGACCAGUACCCUGAUAAGGUCCUGAUGGCGGAGGUGUACGCUGAUAUAGAGGACGUUAUGAUGUACUACGGCAACGAUACCUUCCCCCUCGCCGACUUCCCCUUCAACUUCUUCCUGCUGGACAACCUUCAGAACCGCUCCCUGCUGACCGGCGACGCCCUGAAGGACACCAUUUCCCUCUGGCUGGAGAACAUGCCGGAGGGGAAGUGGCCGAACUGGGUGCUCGGCAACCACGACAACGAGCGGGUGGCGUCGCGGCUCGGGGAGGACCUGGUGGACGCCCUCAACAUGAUGCUCCUGCUGCUGCCCGGCACGCCCGUCACUUACUACGGCGAGGAGAUCGGGAUGAUCAACACAUUCAUCAGCUGGGAGGACACGAAGGACCCCGAAGGAUGCCGCUGGGGGGAGGAGCACUACGAGGAGCACAGCAGAGACCCGGAACGGACGCCCAUGCAGUGGAACGAGGGAUAUAUGGCAGGCUUCACCAACGGCAGCGACACAUGGCUUCCCGUCAACCCCAACUAUACGGAGAUCAACGUAGCCGCGCAGGAAGCCGCAGAACAUAGCAGUCUCAAGGUGUACAAGGAGCUGAUUAAGUUGCGAGCGGAGGCCACAUUCAGGGACGGCGACCUCAGCUUCCCCACCCACGACCAGUACACCUUUUCCUUCCUCAGGUCCCUGGAAGACAACCCGUCCUACCUGCUGGUGGUGAACGUGGCGGAGGAGGACAGGGACAUCAACCUCCACCACGGGGCCAACUUACUGCUGCCGGAGGAGGCCACGGUUGUCCUGCGCUCCAGCACCGACGAGACGGAGAAGACGAGCCCUGGGUCGGUGGUGUCCCUCAUAGAGCUGCCACUCCUGGCGGGCGAAGGCAUCCUGCUGGAACUGCCGUAGUGGAGGACCCUCGGCCCCUGCACCGCCCGCACGAUCCCUCUCACCACCUAGACGCCUUGUUUACCUUGUUGCUCCUCGCUGCCGUGCACGGGGCGCGGCGUGCCCUGCUCAGGCUCCGUCUAACCCCAGCCCGGCAGCGGCCUUACACACACAAUAAACAAUAACCUCCA